AUGUCAUUGGUAAUACCUCAAAUAGAUCUAUCAGGUCUUUCCAUCGAAGACAAGAAACAAAAUGAAUUCGGUGCUCUAACUUCAAAUGAAUAUCGUUACAAAACAAUUUCAAGACAGGGGAAACCAUUACCUGAUCCAAUUGAAGAUGAACCACCAUAUCAUGUCCUUUUCAUCACUUAUUUAAACUAUUUAAUCUUGAUUAUCGUUGGUCAUAUUAAAGAUUUCACAGGUAUUCUGUUCAACCCAAAAAAUUACCAAGAUUUAUUAGAACAAAAUGGCCUUGCUCCAUGGUAUAAUAAAUUUGAAAGUUUUUAUAUUCGUCGUAUGAAACAAAAAAUUGAUGAUUGUUUUGCAAGACCAACUUGUGGUGUCCCAGGUAGAUUAAUCACUUGUAUUGAUCGUGAUGCUCAUGAUUAUAAUUCAUAUUUUAGUUAUCCUGGUACUACUUCAACUUGUUUAAAUUUAUCAUCAUAUAAUUAUUUGGGGUUUGCACAAUCUGAAGGGGCAUGUACUCAAGCCGCUUUAGAAAUUUUGGAUUAUUAUGGUGUUGGUUCUGGUGGUCCAAGAAAUGUUAUUGGUACUACUGAUUUACAUUUAAAAACUGAAAAAACUAUAGCAAAAUUUAUUGGUAAAGAUGAUUCAAUCUUAUUUUCAAUGGGGUAUGCAACAAAUGCAAGUUUAUUUAGUUCUUUAUUGGAUAAGAAAUCACUUGUUAUUUCUGAUGAAUUAAAUCAUGCUUCAAUUAGAACUGGUGUUAGAUUAUCUGGUUCUACAGUUAAAACUUUCCCUCAUAAUAAUAUGAUUGCCUUGGAAAAAAUUCUUAGAGAACAAAUUUCUCAAGGUCAACCAAGAUCUCAUCGUCCAUGGAAAAAAAUCAUUGUUGCAGUUGAAGGGCUUUAUUCAAUGGAGGGUACAAUGGCAAAUUUACCUGCAUUAAUUGAAUUAAGAAGAAAAUAUAAAUUUAAUUUAUUUGUUGAUGAAGCUCAUUCAAUUGGUGCUAUUGGUCCAUCAGGUCGUGGUGUUUGUGAUUAUUUUGGUAUAGAUCCCUCAAAUGUUGAUUUAUUAAUGGGGACUUUAACUAAAUCAUUUGGUGCUGCAGGUGGUUAUAUUGCUGGUUCACAACAAAUUAUAAAUCGUUUAAAAUUAAAUAUUAAUUCACAAAAUUAUGCAGAAUCUAUCCCUGCACCUGUUUUGGCACAAAUUAUUUCUUCGUUAAAUAUCAUCUCGGGUGAUUUAAAUCCUGGUGAAGGUUCGGAAAGAUUAGAAAGAAUUGCUUUUAAUUCACGUUAUUUAAGAUUAGGUUUACAAAGAUUAGGUUUUAUCGUAUACGGAGUUGAUGAUUCACCAGUGAUUCCAUUAUUAUUAUUCGCCCCAGCCAAAAUGCCAGCAUUUUCACGUAUGCUAUAUCAAAGAAAAAUUGCAGUUGUUGUUGUUGGAUACCCGGCAACUCCACUGACUUCAUCAAGAGUUCGUCUUUGUGUUUCUGCAUCUUUAACAAAAGAAGAUAUUGAUUAUCUUUUACGUCAUUUAUCCGAGGUGGGUGAUAAAUUAUUUUUAAAAUUUAGUUCUGGUAUUGCUGGUGGUUCUUUAGAUGGUUCACCACCAAGAUGGAAUAUUGAAGAUGUUUUGAAAGAGACUCCAAAGGAUUGUAAAGAAUCUAAAUAUUUUAUUGCAACUGCAAAUAAUUGA